GGCAACUUGGAAGAUUUAUGUUGAAGAGUUGAAAAGGGUAAAUGGCAUAGCACUUCCGAUGAUGGUAGCAACAGUGGGACAAUAUCUCUUGAGAGUUUCUCCAAUCUUUAUGUUAGGCCACCUUGGCCAACUCCAACUCUCUGGUGCCUCCAUUGCCACAUCUUUUUCCAAUGUUACUGGCUUCAGUGUUCUUGUAAGUCCUUUCCCAUAAUAGAUAAUACCCCAAAAUGUUCAUCUGAUACAUGCUGUUGAGAUUAUCAUUCAAUUAUCCACAAAAUUAUAGUCAGUCAAAUCUUCGUCUAGGACUAGAAGAUAUACUCUGAGAUGCAUAUGCUAUAUUUUCGAUAACCAAAGCAAGGGAAAAUUAAUUAAUAUGAGAAAAUGUGGUGUACUAGGGAACUGUUUGAUAAAAAUCCACCCUACAAGAACUGUGUCUCACAGAAAUUGGCUCUUCUUCUUUCUUUUUUUUUGUCAACUAUCACCAUCUACUCUACUUCUACUCCUACGCUUGCCUAUUCUAGGAGGAAAUCCAACCAGAUCAAUUGAAGAACCGACGGGGAUUGAAUUACCAUCGGACUAUGUGGGUGCACUGUACACCCGUAUAGAUUUGGAGAAACCACAUACACCGAUAAAGUGAUGGGAGACAAGAUUUGAACCCUUAACUUCCUACCCUACCAAGAAAUUGGCUCUUCUUGACUCUGCACUAUUUAUGUAGAAUGCACAAUGCGGACCAGGGUCUAUAACACCAGAUCCAAUCAUACAUAAAUUAUUAGGUGGUGCUGAACUUGUACCACUAAGUUAUCACAGUUUGGGAUGUCAAGUGCACUGGAGACCUUGUGUGGUCAGGCUUUUGGAGCAGAACAAUACCAGAGACUUGGAACCUAUACUUAUGGGGCCAUCAUAUGUCUCUUUAUAGUUUGUAUACCAAUAUCCCUUCUGUGGAUCUUCACUGACAGGCUGUUAAUACUCACUGGCCAAGAUCCUGUAAUUGCAACUGAGGCUGGCAAAUACUUGAUCUGGCUCAUACCUACACUAUUCCCUUAUGUCAUUCUCCAGUCACUUGGUUGCUUUCUCCAGACUCAGAGUUUAGUCUUUCCAAUGCUGCUUAGUACAGUUGCAUCGGUAUCCUUACAACUACCUCUUUGUUGGGUUCUUGUAUUCAAGUUGAAGCUUGGGAAUGCUGGAGCAGCUUUGUCAAUUGGUAUAUCAUAUUGGUUAAACGCCAUCUUGCUUGUGCUGUAUGUGAAGUAUUCUUCUUCCUGUAAAAAGACUCGUGUUCCUUUCUCAAUGGAUGCUCUUCAAACAAUGGGGGGAUUCUUCCGUUUUGCUAUCCCUUCCGCUGUAAUGAUUUGUUUGGAGUGGUGGGCAUUUGAGAUAGUUGUGUUGCUGUCUGGCCUGUCACCAAAUCCUAAGCUAGAGACCUCUGUGCUAUCUAUAUGCUUAACCAUUACUUCACUGCACUACCUCAUACCGUACUCUUUUAGUGUUGCUGCAAGUACACGGAUAUCAAAUGAGCUAGGAGCUGGGAAUCCAGUGGCAGCAAGAAUUGCUCUUUGUACGGUACUAUUAGAAUCUGUAUCAGAAUUUUUUCUGGCAAGCAUAACUUUAUAUGUCUGCCAUUCCAUACUUGGAUAUGCCUUCAGCGACGAGAAAGAAGUUAUUGACUAUGUCAAACGCAUGACUUAUCUUCUAUGCAUUUCCAUCAUCAUGGAUGGCACACAAGCAGUAUUAUCAGGGGUAGCAAGAGGAAGUGGAUGGCAGCACUUAGGAGCUUAUGUAAAUCUUGGGGCAUAUUAUCUGGUUGGAAUUCCGGUGGCUUUAAUCCUGGGAUUUGCACUGCAUUUAAGAGGAAUGGGUCUCUGGAGUGGACUGGUCGCCGGAGCCACGGUGCAAAGUCUUCUCUUGUCCAUCAUCACAGGCCUGACAAACUGGGAAAAUCAGGUAAUUGAAGCUAGACGCAGAAUAUAUGAAGGGGAAGAAGAAAAGGCCACUCCAGUGUGAGACCGUGAGUCAAUUGGAUGGAAAAACUAGCAAUCGCAGGGCACAAAUGAGCUUUUUCAUGUGCUUCAACUGCACUAAAGUACAACUCUUCAAAUGAUAACGUAAUGUCGAGAAAGUUUAAUUGCACGAGGUGUAAGAGAUUCAAAGAUAUGCUAUAAUUCAUUAGUGCCUUUCA